CAGCGAGACCCCCGUUGCUCCGUUACUCCGUACACCCACUUUGUUUCUAACGUUGUCUCUGCUCCUCCGAUACCUUAAAUAAAACCGCACGUGCUCCCUUUCCUUUUUAACGCCGGAAAUUCCUCCACAGCACCUUUCUUCUCCGUUCGAACCCCCCACACACACAAUACACGCAUUGAUGUGUGUGGAGUGACGUAUGAAUAUUGAAUAUGAUGAUAGAUAAAAGUAAAAAAGGGAAAAAAUCCAGAAAUCAAUCGCGAGAAUGCUCAAAAUUGCAAUUUUAAGCCCUAAAUUGCUUUAAAAUCGCACUAAGAUUCUCUCCAUUAGGAUCGUAUAUCUUUAUCCAGCUGUAUAUAUAUUAUAUAUGUAUGUAUGUAUAUAUAUCCAUAUCUGUACAUAUAUAUAUAUAUAUGCACAUUGGUGUGCAUUUAUAGAUAGAGAGAUUAGGGGUGGUGGUGAGGAUGGGGGCGAUGACGUCAUCCAUGGCGGCGAAGUUUGCGUUUUUUCCGCCGGAUCCGCCGUCGUAUGGGGUGGCGGUGGAGGAGUCCACCGGGAAGUUGAAGAUGACGGAGGUGCCGGAGAGGGAGAACGUGGACGUGUUGAAGCUGGGGACGAAGAGGGGGACGGAGAUUGUGGCGAUGUACGUGAGGAACCCUGCGGCCUCGCUGACGCUGCUCUACUCCCACGGCAACGCGGCCGAUGUGGGACAGAUGUACGAGUUGCUGUGUGAACUUAGUCUUCACCUUCGGGUCAAUCUGAUGGGGUAUGACUAUUCUGGGUAUGGCCUGUCCACCGGCAAGGCAAGCGAGCAGAACACGUAUGCUGACAUUGAAGCAGCAUACAGAUGUCUUAGUGAGACGUAUGGUGUGAAAGAAGAAGAUGUUAUUUUAUAUGGUCAGUCUGUUGGCAGUGGACCCACUAUAGAUCUUGCAUCACGUUUGUCAAGAUUAAGGGCUGUGGUUUUGCACAGUCCAAUAUUGUCUGGACUACGGGUGAUGUAUCCUGUGAAGAAGACAUACUGGUUUGACAUAUAUAAGAAUAUUGAUAAGAUACCUUUGGUUGAAUGCCCCGUUCUUGUUAUACAUGGGACUGCAGAUGAAGUUGUGGACUGCUCUCAUGGCAAGCAGCUUUGGGAGCUUUGUAAGCAGAAAUAUGAACCACUAUGGGUUACGGGUGGUAACCAUUGUGACUUGGAGCUCUUCCCGGAGUACAUUAAACAUCUGAAGAAGUUUGUGUCAGCUAUCGAGAAGUUAUCACUUGUAAAAAAUGAUUCACCAUGUACAGACCAUGAAGAUGAUCGUCGAAACAGCACAGACUGUAGACCCAGAUCGAGCACUGAUCAGAAAGAGAAGCCUAGGAUAAGUACAGAAAAGAGGGAGAAGCCUAGAAGAAGUGCGGACUUGAGAGAUAAGCCAAGAGCUAGCACUGAGAAGAGAGAAAGAUCGCGUAAGAGUUUGGAUCAAGGUGAAAAGGCGAAUAGCAAUACAGAAUCACAUGACAAAGCAAGGAAGAGCUUUGACCGCUUUGGUGAUAUGAUGAAAUCGGCUGUGUUAUGCAAUAUUGAUUGCUUCAAGCCAUCAGGAGCAAAUGUCUCUAGAUAGAGGAAAAAGAUUGCUUCUUCACCCGGUUCUGGAUUGGUGAAGUUUCCCAAGGGGUAUGGCGUGGCCCUAAUUCUCGAGGUGCAUCCAGUGCAAAUGUGCAAUGCGGGUUGAAGAUGUUACGAUAAAGUUUGAAAUUAUUGAUUACAUCCUUUGUGUACUUCCUCAUACGAGAGACAUUAGUCUCUUGGUUCCGGUCGCAAGAAACUUGGGACUAUCUCUUUUGAGAAAAUUUAUCGUCCAGUGUCAAUUUUUUUUUGAUGUAUUUAAUUUCAUUGAGGUGAGGAAACAUGAUAUGGAAACGAGAUAGGACAUAAACUUGUGCUUUCUGAGGAUUGGACAGAAAAUGCAGAAAGCUAUACUACAUUUAUAUAUCUAAUUAUUGCAGUUUUCUGGGGUUCUCCCAAGAUUCAGUUUUGUCUGAGAAA